CACACACACACACACUCCCACUUCAUUCUCACAGAGGCGUGAGCAGCAGCGGCGGAGUGCGUCCGUCACUCAGACUCGGUCAACAACCUUUUGUUUAGGACCCGCGGCACUUUCUUUUUUCAUUAUUUGAACUGGAAUAUUUCCCCCCCUCAACCCCCGCACCCCCACCCCGCGAAGGAGCAGGACUCCCCCCCCCACCACCACCCACCCCUUCUUUCAAACUUUUCAAUUUUCCAGAUAACCCAGCAGACUUCUGUUUCAGAAGGGGCCGGGGAGAAGAAAUUUCGAAACAGAAAAGGAAAGAAAUGGCUUCGAAAGGGAUCGAUGGUAUGAAGUUAGCGGAGGACCAAAUCAAAGUGCUGGAGGAGAAUUUCAGAGUCAGUAAGCAUCCGGAUGAGGCGUCGCUCAUGCUGAUCGCUGCGGAGUGCGACCUGUCCGAGGAGGAGACACGGAAAUGGUUCACGUUACGCAACGCACUGUGGAGGGAAGCGGAGGGACUUCCAGCCAAACUGGGCUCUGUCAAAGACUGAAGUCCAAGUGAUGCGAGAAGGGAGACCACCUCCGACUGCCCGUACGCCUCCUCCUGAUGCCCGAAGUCACUUGCCGACCGGCUCCCGGAAGAACACCCCCCCCCCGACAACACUCUUGACCCCCAACACCCCCCCACCUCCACCACCACCACCCACCCUGCGCCCCCAUCCCUCCAUCCUCUGUUUUGUACCUAUGAAGCUAUUUUAACUUACGGAAUGUGAAGUUGUGUUUGAGAGAUUGUGUGAGAAAAUUUUUUUUUUUGCCAACAUAGCCGCUGUGUUUACAUAAAUAAACAGAUAUAUGAUUGUUAAAAUAAGUAAAUAAAGAAACAAA